UUAGCCUAUAUAGGCGGAUGACAACGACCAAGUACGGUGUAAUUUCAAGAACCGGUACAUGUGGAUGAUGAAAUUUAAUAAUUUUUAUUGAAAGAACUGCUGGCAAUCAUAUAUUUUUGCAUAACAACUAAUAAACUACAUAACUUAUUAACAUUGUGAAAGAUAGUCAUACACAGAGCUUGUAAAUUAAUCAUGGCUCAGCCAGUGCCAGAGAAGAUUUCCUUCCCUGGUGAGGAGGACAACAUCCUCAAAUACUGGGAACAAAUUGAUGCCUUCAAAACUUCAAUGAAGCUUUCAAAGGGGAAGCCAAGGUAUACGUUUUAUGAUGGGCCACCAUUUGCCACUGGACUUCCGCACUAUGGCCAUAUUCUGGCAGGCACCAUCAAGGAUGUGAUGACGCGAUGGGCACAUCAGAGUGGCUUUCAUGUUGAGAGGAGAUUUGGCUGGGAUUGUCAUGGACUACCUGUGGAGUAUGAAAUUGAUAAAACCCUUGGCAUCAAAGGACCUGAGGAUGUGGCCAAGAUGGGAAUUGACAAGUACAAUGCUGAAUGCAGAAAGAUUGUCAUGAGAUACUCUUCUGAGUGGAAGCAAGUUGUCACAAGACUGGGGCGUUGGAUUGACUUUGACAAUGACUACAAGACAAUGUACCCCUGGUUCAUGGAGUCCAUCUGGUGGGUGUUCAAGGAGCUCUACAAUAAGGGCCUCGUAUACAGGGGCUUCAAGGUUAUGCCUUUCUCCACAGCUUGUAACACUCCACUUUCGAAUUUUGAGUCUGGACAGAAUUACAAGGACGUUGUUGACCCUGCAGUGAUAAUAAGUUUCCCCUUGGAUGAGAACCCCAGUGUGAGUCUGAUAGGCUGGACCACAACUCCCUGGACAUUGCCAAGCAACCUGGCCCUGUGUGUGAACCCCGAUAUGGACUACGUGGAGGUCAAAGACAAGGCCACAGAGAAGGUAUAUAUCAUGAUGGAGGCCCGUCUGUCCGCGCUGUUCAAAUCUGAGGAGGAGUACACCAUCCUAGACAGGUUCAAAGGUCAGACACUGGAAGGGAAGACAUAUCAGCCGCUGUUCAACUACUUCAUUCAUCUGAAGGCUAAGACGGGUGCAUUCCGCGUGCUGUGUGACCGGUAUGUGACGUCUGAGAGCGGUACAGGGGUGGUACACCAGGCGCCAUACUUCGGUGAGGAUGAUCAGCGAGUGUGCACCAAGUACGGGAUCAUCACCAAGGACAUGGAGAUGGUGUGUCCCGUCGACUCCACCGGGAAAUUUACCUCCCCUGUGAAGGAGUUUGAAGGGCAGCACAUCAAGGACGCAGACAAAGAAAUCAUGAAAAAACUCAAGGCAGAUGGCAGACUGGUUCACCAGAGUACCUUAAAGCACAGCUACCCUUUCUGUUGGAGGUCUGAGACGCCCCUGAUCUACAAGGCUGUCCCCAGCUGGUUUGUGCGAGUGGAACACGCUCAAGAGAUGCUCCUGGCAAACAAUGCUGAAACAUAUUGGGUGCCUGCAUUUGUGAAGGAGAAGCGUUUUGCCAACUGGCUCCAGGAGGCGCGUGAUUGGGCGAUCUCGCGUAAUCGUUACUGGGGCACCCCACUACCGCUGUGGGUGUCAGACGACUACGAGGAGGUAGUGUGUGUGGGCUCCAUCGAGGAGCUGAUGAAGCUGACAGGGGUCACUGAGGUCACUGACCUGCACAGGGAACACGUUGACAAGCUGACCAUCCCGUCUCGGCAAGGCAAGGGUGUGUUGAGGCGUGUGCCGGAGGUGUUUGACUGCUGGUUUGAGAGUGGUGGCAUGCCAUACGCCCAACAGCACUACCCGUUCAAGAACAAGAAGGAGUUUGAUGAAUCAUUCCCAGCAGACUUCAUCGCUGAGGGAAUUGAUCAGACCAGAGGCUGGUUUUACACCCUUCUUGUGUUGUCAACUCUGUUGUUCGGUAAACCCCCAUUUAAAAAUCUGGUCUGCAAUGGACUUGUAUUGGCCGCAGAUGGACAGAAGAUGAGCAAGAGGAAAAAGAACUAUCCUGACCCCAUGGAGGUCGUAAACAAGUAUGGAGCAGAUGCACUCAGGCUGUACCUGUGCAACUCUCCCGCUGUGCGUGCAGACUCCCUGAAGUUCAAGGAGGAAGGGGUGCGAGACGUGCUCAAGGAUGUCUUCCUGCCGUGGUACAACGCCUACCGGUUCCUCAUGCAGAACGCUGAGAGGCUCCAAAGGGAGGAAGGCGUUUCCCUGCAGUACAGACCGGAGAAGUUGGGCACCUCAGAGAACUACAUGGACCGAUGGAUUCUCUCCUUCACUCAGUCACUCAUCAAGUACGUCCGCACCGAGAUGACAGCAUAUCGACUGUACACAGUGAUGCCAAGACUGGUGAAGUUUGUUGACCAGCUGACCAACUGGUAUGUUCGCAUGAACAGGAAGCGUUUGAAGGGCGACACAGGGGCAGACGACUGCCUGCAUGCUCUAACCUCGCUGUUUGGAGUCCUCUAUUCUAUGACCAAGGUCAUGGCCCCCUUGAUCCCGUACAUCACAGAGCUGAUGUUCCAGAAUCUACGCCACCUGCUGGACCCCGCAUACGUACAGGGACAGGACACCCGCAGUGUACACUUCACUAUGAUACCUGAACCUAGGGAGGAGCUGAUAGAUACAACCAUAGAGGCUGCAGUGUCCAGGAUGCAGUCUGUGAUAGAACUGGGCAGACUGGUUCGAGAAAGAAAUACACUGCCUCUCAAGUACCCCCUGAAGGAGGUUGUGGCUAUAGCCAGUGACCCUGCCACACUGAGUGACAUCAAGGCUCUAGAGUCCUAUAUUGUUGAGGAAUUGAAUGUAAAGAGUCUGACCACAUCUACAGACAAAGAGAAGUAUGGUGCCCGGCUUCAUGCUGAACCAGACCACCGCAUACUGGGAACCAAACUGAAACAAGACUUCAAAGAUGUCCACAAAUCCAUCCAGUCAUUGACAGACAAGGACCUGAUGGCGUACCAGCAGUCUGGGGAAAUCACUGUACUGGGACAUCGUCUUGAGGAGGGCGACCUCCGCCUCAUGUACAAGUUUGACAGCGAAACUGGGGCCAAGCAGUACGAUGCCCACGCUGACCCUCAGGUGCUGGUGCUGGUGGAUGUGACCCCUGAUCAGACAUUGUUGGACGAAGGUGUGGCCAGGGAGGUCAUCAACCGCAUACAGAAACUCAGGAAGCAGGCAGGUUUGGCUCCAUCAGACGACAUCACCCUGUACUACAAAGCCAGCCCUGACCUUGUGAAGGUCAUCCAGGACUUCAGUGAGUUCAUCUUUUCCACAAUCAAGCAGCCACUGCAGCCAUUCCCUGUACCAGGCAAAGAGAAAGUCCUCAUUCAGGAAGACCAGAAGAUGAAAUCCUCUCACCUUGAGCUUGCCAUUGUAAAAAGAGGAAGUGGGUCCCUGGAGUCUGUUACCCUGCCCAGUGUACAGGUCCUGGCCCCAGCCCCUGUUGUAGCUGGUACCCAGCCUGCCUGUCGCUUUGUGAAUGUACAGCUAUGCAGGACCCAGUGCCAUGAAGGGGUCUCUGGGAGCCAGCAGGCUACAGUUCUCUUGGAGAAUCCUGUCGGCCAGUUUGUGCUUACACCAGAGGCUCUCAGAGAUCAGGUGAAAGCUGCAUUUGGUGUGCGAGGUCGUAAAAUGGAACUUUACGUGGAUGCGAACUGCAGUACCCCAGUCUCUUCAACGGCUGAUGUGAAAACAUUGGCAUCUAAAGUGCUGUACCUGAGUCCCUCCACAGGAAGUGUACCUGCCUGCAGUAGUGUUACCUCCCCUAUAUGCCAUUUUGCCAACCUGGAGUUUACUAGUGCUGGAAAGAGUGCUCAAGGGACAUUACUUUUAGAGAAUCCAAGGGGGUCAACUUGCACUGUGGCACAACUGCUCACCCAGGUAAAGGCCGUUGUAGGUCAAGAUGACCGCCAGGUGAAGGUGUUCCGGAAACCAGGACAGAAAGAUCAGGUGACAGCAGAAAGCGUGAAAGACAUCCUCUCUCUACAUGCCCAGACACUUUAUGCGGUUGACCAAUAAUGGCAGUUAAUUGUUAGGUCAUAUAUUCCUAUGAUUUGUAUAUUUUCUGUGACUGAAUUUUGUGAAUUGUAUGAUAUCAUUUGUUAUAUCCACUUUUAUGGACAGGUUAUUAUGUGAUUAAAUUGAUUAUAAUGGCUAUAUUAUUAUUUCAACUCUGUGUUUUGCAAGUGUACCAUAUGAAUACUGCUAUUUGCUUGACUUGUCACCAAUAUGAUCGAGCUAUGUUACUCACACUAAUGUUGGCGUCUACAUUAUGCUCUGUCCGAGGUAAACUUGCAACUUCCUGUAUCACUGUUUCUACUACAGGGCUUUAAUUGAAAUCUCCCUCAUGUGUAUGAGGCCAUUGUGUUGGGUCAGUGACCAAGUUCUAUAACUCUAACCUGCAAUUUAGCAGUAUUAUCUAAGGUGACCCCCCUCUUGAAAUUCAUAAAGUUUCGGCUUAAAGUUUACAUAUAUAGAUGAUAUUAUGUGAGUUUGGGAUAGAGAUCAAGUUUAUCAUGGGAGGCUUAGUACCAUGGUAGCGCGAGGCUUGCCUAAUUCUAUUUAUCCUAUAAUAUCUCCCUUUUUAUACAGGCGACGUAUUAUAGUUUCACCCUAGGCGGCGGGCGGCGUCCACAGCAGUGUCGGCUCUCUAAUACAAAUAGUUUUCAUCCGAUCUUCACCAAACUUGGUCAGAAGUUGUAUCUAGACAAUAUCUAGGUCAAGUUCGAAUAUGGGUUAUGCCAGAUCAAAACCUAGGUCACGGGGUCACUUAGUGCAUUUCAAGGAUUCAGCAUGGUGUCCGCUCUCUAAUUGAAGUAGUUUUCACCUGAUCUUCACCAAAUUUGGUCAGAAGUUGUGUCUAAAUCAUAUCUAGGUCAACUUUAAAUAUGGGUCAUGCUGGGUCAAAAACUAGGUCACGAGGUCACUUAGUGCAUUUCAAGCAUUAAGCAUGGUGUCCACUCUCUAAUAAGUCCCCUACCGGCUUCAACGGAGGGGACUUAUGGUCUGUGCUCCGUCUGUCUGUCUGUCCGUCCGUCCGUCCGUCACACUUUUCUGGAUUCUGCGAUAACUUAAGUACUUAAUAUUUUUUCAUGAAACUUGGAACAUGGAUAGAUGGCAAUAUGGACAUUAUGCACGUCAUUUCAUUUUGUUCCUACAUCUAAAAUUCUGGUUGCUAUGGCAACAAAUCGACUAAAAAUACUGCUGAAAAUGGUGGUUUUUUGGAUCCUGCGAUAACUUUAAAAGUUCUUAAUAUUUUUUUAUGAAACUUGGAACACGGAUAGAGGGCAAUAUGGACAUUAUGCACGUCAUUUCACUUUGUUCCUACGUCAAAAAUUAUGGUUGCUAUGGCAACAAAUAGACUAGAAAUACUGCUGAAAAUGGUGGUUUUCUGGAUCCUGCGAUAACUUUAAAAGUUCUUAAUAUUUUUCCAUGAAACUUGGAAGAUGGAUAGAUGGCAAUAUGGACAUUAUGCACGUCAUUUCAUUUUGUUCCUACAUCAAAAAAUCUGGUUGCUAUUGCAACAAUUAAAAAGAAUAUUCUGACAAUGGUGGAAUUUCUGACAAUGGUGGAGCCGGUAGGGGACUUUUAUUGCUUGGCAAUAGUCUUGUUGAAGUAGUUUUUAUCCGAUCUUCAACAAAUUUGGUCAGAAGUUGUAUCUAGACAACAUCUAGGUCAAGUUCAAAUAUGGGUCAUGGCGGAUGAAAAACUAGGUCACGUAUUCACUCUGUGCAUUUCAAGGAUUUAGCAUGGUGUUCGCUCUCUAAUUGAAGUAGUUUUCAUCCGAUCUUCACCAAAUUUUGUCAGAAGUUGUAUCUAGACAAUAUCUAGGUCAAGUUCGAAUAUGGGUCAUGCCGGGUCAAAAACUAGGUCACAGGGUCACUAAGUGCAUUUCAAGGAUUUAGCAUGGGUCCGUUCUCUAAUUCAAGUAGUUUUCAUCCGAUCUUUACCAAAUUUGGUCAGAAGCUGUGUCUAAAUGAUAUCUAUAUCUGGGUCAUGCCGGGUCAAAAACUAGGUCAUGAGGUCAAAUAGUGCAUUUCAAGCAAUUAGCAUGGUGUCCUAAACCUUCAAACGGGCGUAUCUUGUGACAGUUUGGCACUCUUGUUCAAUUAAUAAUUAUCAAAUAUUGCAGGUUUAUACAUUUGUAUUUUUCUGUAGUUGAUAAAAACAGAUUCAUUAAUUAAAAAAAAAGCAAAUCUGAUGUAUAAAAAGCAAAACUACAGAGAUCAAGUUGAUAUGAUUGUUGUUAUACUAUAGAUUUUCAUCUGGUAAUAGGAUAAAAUACAUAACUACAACAGAUAUUCAACCUAAAAUACUUCUAUGUCUUUGUGGUCAGGUGCCUGACAGAAAAUUUACAUUAUGCUAUCAAAGCAGAAGACAAGUCUAGCGCGCUGUCUCUGGACACAUCUUUUGUUAUUAAAAUAUUGGAUGAUAAAUGUGAAUGCCUUAACAAAUUUGAUGACAAGAUCGGAUAUUUAUGUAGUGCCUACAAAUAUGUAUUUGUAUUAUUAUUUAACAAAAUGAGAAGUGGCAAGUUUAGAUGGCUAUAUGUUUCCAUGUCUGCUUUAGUAUUUAUUUAAACAUAUUUUCAAAGUUUGAAGUGCAUCUUAUGUUUAGGUGAUUGGAAAAUAACAUGAAUUUUUCCCUCAA